AUGGAAGAAUCACAAACAUCACCAUUUCAAAUAGUGACAGUCAGAUUAAAGUUGAUGUUGGCACCAAUCAACAUUGGCAAUAUCAUCAGUGGUGCCAAGUCAGCACUCGACAGAUUGAUAUUCAGAUACAAUAAACAUCUCAAAGCAACCAUUAUAUCAUACUUUAAUUUGAAAUUGGUUGACAAAGAGGUUUCCAAUUUCUAUGACAGUCCAUUCUUGAAUGUACCAAUCAUCGUCAGUCUAAUGGUAUUCCGUCCAUCUAAAGGCCAAUUAAUUCACGGAAUUGUAAAGAGAGUAUCAUCAACUCAUUUGUCAUUGUUGGUAUUUGGAGUUAUCUCUGCAUCGAUUAUAAAGGCUGAUUUGCCAAAGGAUUUACACUAUGAUCAUAGUUCAAACACUUUUGUAGACAAGAAUAACAGUGCCAAUUUAAUUUCACUUGGCACAAAGAUUUUAUUUAGAGUUAAAGAUGUUUUGACCGAUAAGAAUUAUAUAACAAUCAAUGGACAGAUGACAGAUUCCGAUACAUAUAUUACUGGACAUGAAGAGAUUAAAGUAGAGACACCAAAGAAACUAAAUAAGAAUCAACAACAACAACAAAAGAAUGUAAACAAUAAUAGCUCCGAUAUAGUAAAGUUUAAUGAUGAAGAGGAGGAGACUACUGCAGUCAGCGUCGAAGAACCAUCAUCUACAAAAGCGGAGAAGAAAGAUAGCAAGAAGGAAAAGAAAGUUAAAUCCGAUUCAGAGUCAGAGUCGGAAUCAGAAUCAUCAGAGUCAUCAGAGUCAGAAUCAGAAUCAGACGAAAAGAGUAAAAAGCAAAAGAAGAAUAGUAAUAACAAGAAAGAGGAAUCAAAGAAGAAAUCAAAGAAAGAAGAAUCAUCGGAAUCAGAAUCAUCAGAGUCAGAGUCAUCAUCCGACGACAAAAAGAAAAAGAAGAAACAAACAACACCAAAAAAGAAGACAAAAAGAAAAAGAGAUCAAAGGAUGAAAGUAGCGAUGAAAGUAGCAGCAGUAGUGAAGAUGAGAAAUCAAAAAAGAAAAGAAAGAGUCAUUAAUCCUGAUUUCUCAAUUUUUACCAAUUAA